GAGUUCAGAAUCAGUAAUAGUAAUUGCGAAUCAGAUUUACUUGGAGAGAUUAGAAGAAGAAGCAGGAAGGAAAAAUAAGAAGUAAUUACUCAAAGUUAAGAUGGCAGAUCACUCUCAAAGCAUGAGCUACAAUGCUGGUGAGGCCAAGGGCCAGGCUGAGGUAAAGAAGGAUCAAAUGGUGGACAAGGCAUCCGGGGCUAUGCAAUCUGCAAAGGAAUCGUGCCAACAGGCCGGCCAGCAGAUGAAGGAAAAGGCACAAGGAGCUGCUGAUACUGUGAAAGAAGCAACUGGAAUGAAGAAAUAAACUUACUUAAAUGGAAUCAAUGGACAAUCAAUAAAACAAGUCCAUGUCCUGUUGUGAUUUUUUUUUUUUUUUUGCUAGUUGUCACUUGUGAGUUUUUUCCGAUUGCUUUUUAGGAUAAAAUUAUGAUUGAGUUUAUUAUGUUGCAAAGAAGAAGAAGCAGGAGGUUUCUUUUCUUAUAUGCAUGUAUGGUGAUAAUUGAUGAAGUCCAAUAAACUCUUAGAAGUUUUUAGUUUCAG